AUGAUAUGCAGCAGCAGUCGCUGUCCAUAUCAGAAGCAGCUACUGCAUCGCGAUUGCUACCAAGCAUUAGAAGAUCAACUAAUCAAAAUUAUGGGCAAAUGUGGACCUGCUCGUUUUUGGACUGAUGCUGAAAAACGAUGGAACUUGUGGGACAAGAAAGGUUUGGCGCUGAUUCAGCAGCGAUGUGGCUGCCUUUGCGGUCUUGGACAGAUGCGUCUUGAUGUGGCAGCCGCCGGUUUCUUGCCAUCUGAAAAGAAAUUAGCAGAAGGAGCAACUUCUGUCGCACCGUGUUUCCAAGCAAUGAUACAACUCCAACAGCACGGCCUAUCACAAAAUAUUUCGGCGGCAGGGUUUGCUAUUUUGUUCCAGAAUCAUCGCGGUGCUGCUUACAGUGGUCUACAUUACCGCUUGAACGACCGUCCUCAUUCUUUUCCAACAUCCAGUUCCAAUUUUUCAUUGAAAGUGGAAACGUUGCUGGAGCGGUUGUUCGUCAGAAAAUCCAAAUGUGUAAAUGAGCUGGAUGUUGAGAGAGGACAGGAGCGGCUGUCGCUGCAAAAUGCAAUCGUUUCUGAUGAAAUUUACCAAAUUGCACUUAUUCGUCGUAUUAUUAUUGUUAGAGAAGUGGUACCGGGCGCACAGUUAUUUAUUACAAUCGAUCCUGUAAGCAGCAGCAUCUUGAUUCACCAAUCACCAAAUAUGAAGCUUCAUAAGCAGGUACACACUCAACCAAUGACUAUAUUUUUAGCGGAUUUUUCCCAUAGUCCAACGAGAAGCGAAAAAACACAGAAGUUCACGAAAAGCAGUCUAUUGCCAGAAGAUCAGGGGGUAAACACAUUCUGCUUGUAUAUGAUCGCUGCAGCUCCUGUCAAUCUUUUUUUCUGCGAGAACUCACUGCACAGCAAUCAUCUUCACACUACUUCAUUGCAGUCGACUGGAGUGAGGCAGUGCAAAGUUGGGACUCCCCAACGUAAACUAGCGAUAGGCCAAAGUGUUAUUUGUCCUGAUGAGGAAUCACCAGAAUUUGAACAGGACAAAAAACAAGGCAAGGAAAUGGACCAGACUUGCGAGGAUUCACUGGGAGAGUACCAGCUUUUCGGCCGAGGCUCGUUAACGUUGGGAGAAAUGCUGCUAGAGAAACUUGGUCUCUCGACAACCUUGUUUUUCUAA